AUGAUUGCACAGAAAAUCAAGGCUCUCUCGCACACUGCUGCCUCGCAGCAAGCUCCCGGGUCGAGUAUCGCGAGGCAGCCAAGGAACCUCGACCCGGCACAGCAUCCGUUCGAACGAGCUCGAGAAUACACACGAGCUCUGAAUGCUAUAAAGAUGGAGCGGAUGUUUGCGCAGCCAUUCAUUGCACAACUGGGUAGAGGUCAUGUCGACGGCGUGUACACCAUGGCCAAGGAUCCGGGCUCGCUGGAACGGUUUGCGAGCGGUAGCGGUGAUGGGGUAGUCAAAGUCUGGGAUUUGACGAGUCGGGAGGAGAUUUGGCACACCCAAGCGCAUGAGAACAUUGUCAAGAGCAUGUGCUGGACGUUGGAUCGGAAGCUGUUGUCGUGCGCCAGCGACAAGACCGUUAAGUUGUUCGACCCGUACAAUUCUUCACCAGAAGCACCGCCGCUGGCGACCUAUCUGGGACAGACCGCUUUCACCGCGGUCUCUCAUCACCGCGAUCACCCUUCCUUUGCUGCCUCAUCGUCUGUCAUCUCCAUUUACGAUCUGUCCCGACCGUCAUCCACCCCAUCCCAGACUCUCCACUGGCCGACCAGUACAGACACCAUUACAGAUGUUGCCUUCAACCAGACGGAAACAUCCAUCCUCGGAUCUACCGCCACAGAUCGAUCAAUUGUGAUGUACGACCUCCGUACGUCGUCACCGUUGGCCAAGGUGAUCUUGAAACUCGCAUCGAAUGCCAUUUCCUGGAAUCCCAUGGAGGCCUUCAACUUUGCAGUCGCCAACGAGGAUCACAAUGUAUACAUGUUCGACAUGAGAAAGAUGGAUCGAGCCCUGAAUGUGUUCAAGGACCACGUUGCUGCUGUCAUGGAUGUAGAGUUCAGCCCAACUGGGGAGGAGUUGGUUACCGCGUCCUACGACCGUACAAUACGUCUAUGGAAUCGAGCUGCUGGACAUUCGAGAGAUAUCUAUCAUACAAAGCGAAUGCAACGGGUCUUCUCGGCCAUGUUCACCCCGGAUAACAAAUAUGUUCUCUCCGGUUCUGACGAUGGUAACAUCCGAAUCUGGCGUACCAAUGCUUCGUCACGUAGCGGCAUCAAGAGUGCGCGCCAGAGGCAGAAGCUCGAGUACGACCAAGCACUGAUCAACAGAUACUCUCAUAUGCCUGAGAUCCGAAGAAUCAAGCGUCAUCGUCAUCUGCCUAAGGCCGUCAAGAAAGCAGCCGAUAUCAAGAGAGAGGAGCUUGCGGCCAUCAAACGAAGAGAGGAGAAUGUUCGCAAGCAUAGCAAGAAGGGUACUAUGCCACGCCGGAGCGAGCGUGAAAAGAUGAUUCUCGCGACUGAGCAGUAG